CCCACCGAUGCUGUUCUGGAAGCAAUCCUUGGACCAGCUUUUAUUGUCCCCACCUGAAAUUUCAUGCUCCUUCCAUUUUUAUAUCAUAUUCCAAGCUUCCAUCUUUACUUCAUUUUCUCUCUCAAUGGCUUCUCUCACUUUCUCUUCUGCUUCACUUUCUUCAUCCAAUCAUCUCCUUUUCACAGUUCUAGCCUUCGUUAUUUCGGGCUUAAUUUUCUUCCUCACGCAGAAAACCAAAUCAAAGCGGCUCCACCUUCCUCCAGGGCCACCCGGGUGGCCUGUCGUCGGAAAUCUCUUCCAAGUUGCACGGUCGGGAAAACCUUUCUUUCAGUACGUGGAUGAUCUCCGGGCAAAGUACAGCCCAAUUUUUACCUUAAAAAUGGGGACCAGAACGUUGAUUAUUUUGAGCGACGCCAAACUAGUCCACGAAGCCUUGAUCGAGAAGGGUCAGCUUUUCGCCACUCGGCCUCGUGAGAAUCCGACGCGAAACAUCUUUAGCAGCAACAAGUUCACCGUCAACGCCGCGCUUUACGGCCCUGUUUGGCGGUCGCUGAGGCGGAACAUGGUGCAAAACAUGCUUAGUUCGAACAGGAUUAAGGAGUUCCGUAACGUGAGAGACACGGCAAUGGAGAAAUUCAGUAAUCGGCUUCGCGCGGAGGCGAAGGCGAACGAUGGUGUUGUCUCGGUGUUAAAAAAUGCUCGAUUCGCCGUUUUCUGCAUACUUUUGGCCAUGUGUUUUGGCCUGGAAAUGGAUGAAGAGACGGUCGAGAAAAUGGAUCAGGUAAUGAAAAACGUGUUGAUCGUUCUCGACCCGAGAAUCGACGAUUUUCUUCCGAUCUUGAGCCUGUUUUUCUCAAAACAGAGGAAGAGAGUUUUGGAGGUUCGAAAAGAACAAGUUGAAUUUAUAGUCCCCUUAAUCGAGAAGCGCAGGAAGGCAAUCCAAAACCCCGGAUCCGACAAAACUGCGACAUCGUUUUCAUACCUCGACACCCUCUUCGAUCUCAAGGUCGAAGGCCGCAAAUCAUCGCCCACCGACACUGAAUUGGUAACACUUUGCUCUGAAUUCCUCAACGGCGGGACGGACACGACGGCAACCGCCAUUGAAUGGGGCAUUGCGCAGCUCAUUGCGAACCCAGAAGUUCAAGAAAAGCUCUAUGAGGAGAUUAAACUAGCCGUGGGUGAUCGAAAAGUGGACGAGAAGGACGUCGAUAACAUGCUGUAUCUACAAGCAGUGGUGAAGGAAUUGCUGCGCAAGCACCCGCCGACCUACUUUUCACUGACACAUGCAGCGACAGAGCAAACAACGUUGGCAGGGUACGAUAUACCGACAGAUGCGAACGUUGAAAUUUUCUUGCCAGGCAUUAGUGAGGACCCGAAACUGUGGUCGGACCCGGAAAAGUUCGACCCGGAACGGUUCGUUUCGGGUAAAGAGGACGCGGAUAUAACGGGGGUAACUGGGGUGAAAAUGAUGCCGUUUGGUGUUGGGAGGAGGAUAUGUCCUGGUUUGGGCAUGGCGACUGUUCAUGUUCAUCUCAUGCUUGCGAGAAUGGUGCAGGAGUUUGAGUGGAGCGCUUACCCGCCCAAUAGCAAGCUGGAUUUUGCUGGGAAAUUGGAGUUCACUGUGGUGAUGAAGAACACUCUUAGAGCUAUGAUCAAGCCCAGAGAUUAUUAAGGUUAAUGCAUGAUAUUAACAAAUUUUAUGUAUUUUUAUGUUUUUUUUUUUCUUCCGUAAUUGAUAAAGGAUAAGGACUACCAGGGAGGGCCUUUUUCUCUAUUUAUCCAAAUGAAAGAGAGAAUGGCCGGGAGGCCAGUUGGGAAUGCUUCAAAAAAAUAAGGUGAGAAGCGGCCCAUCUAGCUAAACUAUAUGCUAAAAAAUUAGUACAACGAGAUACUUUCGAAGCUUUUCAAUUAUAUAUGUAUGUAUGUAUAAUACUGUGUAUUAUACUUUUUUCUUUA